UGCUUCGGGCGCGAUGGUUGUAUGAAUUCGGGGGCUCCCUAGUGUCAAAUUCGGUUCAUUAUUUGCUACUGCUACUACUUGCUGAAGUUGAAGGAUAGUUUAACAAGAGUUGGGGCACUUGUGGAGGGGCGCGAAAGGUUCGCUUUCACCUGCGAUAGAAUACUUUGAAACUUAGCGGAAGUUAGCAACGGAAGCGAUCGGAAGUGGGUAAUUUCGGAGUGUGUGAUAAGGCGUGGAAAUAGAAAACAAAACCUUGGCACCUGGUUCCGUAACCAUCUGGACGACGUGAGGAAGCGUUGGUACGCGAUGGGUGCGCGUUGGGUGGGAGAGGUGGCUCCGGUGGAGGUUCCCAACAUGUCCUUUAAAAUUGGCGUAAAACACGACAAGCGAUUAAGUUAGGCCGAAUUCAUUAUUCCUCAUCGGCUGUGUUUUGAAACCCUUUCCCGUUGCCGUCGUCGUCUGGCUGCAACUGGUGUGUGUUGCGAGAGUGUUACGGGGAAAAAAGGCAAGUGAAUGAUUGUUUCCUUGAAGAUAGUUUACACGACACGACAGGACGAGCUGGCUGGACGAAAAUGUGAAGGUCUCUCUGGCGUUGGUGGGUGCACCGUAACUGGUUGGUCCUGCAGUGGCCCCGUGCAAGCGGAUGGAAAACAGUGAGUGGGUACUUGAAGCCAAGAUUAGACUAAUGAUCUUUUAUCGUGUUGGAAAAAGGUUUAAUGAAAAUUUAUCGUUCGUUCGCGGUGGGGAAAAGAUAGCGGGCAAUAAGAAAUUGUGAAGUGGUUAACAGGCAAAACUUGUUAAUGGCUUGGUGAACUUUGGCAGCGCCAAGGGAGAAGAUAGAUAGCGAAACCUCGAAGUGAUAAUGAUCGGAGGGUUUCCGGCUUCCGGGGGGCAACUAGCCUUCGUAAAGUGAACCCCAUUUUGUGGGGUUUCCCCCAGGGGGAAAGCUAGAGAGUGUGAGGCAAUUGAAGACCUAAAAGAAGUGUAAGGAUAUAGUUACCAUUUUUUUUGAGUGUGUUUGGGAAUGUCCAGUGGAUGAAGCUUUCGUCCCUCGUUUGAGCUGUCGUCGGCGGUUAGUAUUACUGUCGCACAGAGUGAGCAGGAUAUCCCACAUCGGAUGUAUUAGAGCAAACAACACCAGUCUAAAUUAUCGUGGCACUAGCAAAUUAGUCCCAUCCGCCACAGCGUCCCAUCCGCCACCAACUCCCUCGGUCAAUCUACGAAAUGAGUGACAAUAAGCUAAUGGCUCGAGCGCAACGCAUCGAUGCGAAGAAAGCCACCGGAAAAACGUCCCAAGUGAGUGAAGAAGACCCGAGGAAAUUUGUCCUCCCGCAGCGGAAUGCCCAAAGUGUGUUGCCACUCAAACCAUGGAAUCUAUCAUGAGAAGACUUGCCCCUGUGAAUAGUAGUGCUGAUAAUCUACACCACAAUCACCACCUACAACCGCAAACACGGAAUCGGAAAAUGUGAUAAUUGUAGAUACUGUUUGAGUAACCAGCGAAUGGUUGGACCACAUUGGUAAAACCCUCCUGAAUUUCCGACUUCUUCACGACUUUACGCUCAAAUACACACUUACAACAAAAACACUCACGCACCCAAACACAAUCUAAGCCGGUCUGUCUGGUGCGUUUUUCGGAAACAAAUUCUAGGUCCUAAGCUCAACAAUUACGCAAUGCUGUCCAACGUUCUGUUUUUGGCUAAUUAGUAGUAGGAAAUUGUGUCACCCAACAAACGCUUGAUCGUAACAAAACGCUUAUUGCACCAUUCAAAACACUACAAAAAAAAAACAAGCAAACAAACAAACAAACAAACAAUCAAACCAAACCGGAAACGCAGCGCACCGUUGUUUGCAGAAAAGUAUGAUCAAUCUGUAUCCACUGGAGGAGUAUCCACAUUUUUGUUCCUUUUACUGGGGCGGUUUCAACGGGAGCAGCAGCUUCAAUAGCGCCGCCCAGGUGACGGCCGCCGGUACCAACUAUGACGGGACACUUCGGAAUGGGCUCUACGAGGAUCCACGGAUAGAGAAUCUGCGGAAGCUUUCGUACGGAAUCGCGCUGCCCAUCAUCUGUGCCCUCGGAAUCGUGGGCAACGUGCUGAAUCUGGUGGUGCUCACUCGGAGGAACAUGCGAGGAACGGCCUACAUUUACAUGAGGGGUUAUUCGGCCGCAGCCCUGUUGGCUAUCAUCUUUGCCAUUCCCUUCGGUAUGCGGAUGCUGAUCCACCGGGAUUCGGGACGCUGGCGCAACUUUGGCCAGGCCUUCUACUCGGCCCAUCUGGAGUUGUUUCUCGGCAAUGGUUGCUUAGGAGUCGGUGUAAUAAUGUUACUGGUGCUAACGAUCGAACGGUACGUGUCCGUGUGCCAUCCGGGUCACAUCCGACGCAUCUGUCCGCCGCGGGUCACGGUAGUGCUGAUACCGGUGCUAACCUUCCUCAUCUAUCUGCCGUCGGUUCUGCGCGGCGAAAUCGUCAAAUGUGUCUUACAAUCCGAUGGAACAAUAAUGUAUCAUAAGCGCGAUAAUAUGAGAUUUUUAGAUUCGUUAUUUUACUCGAUUUACAAAGUGAUACUCGAGAUCGUCUUCAAGCUGGCGCCGACGGUGCUAAUCGCUGGCUUCAAUCUGAGGAUAAUGAUCGUCUAUCGUCGUACCUGUGAUAAGCGCCGUCGCAUGACGCUCUCCCGGAUCAACACCAAGGAUGAGGAUCCGCGGAAGUUUGCCGAGGAGCGGCGGCUGAUGAUGUUGUUAGGCAGCACAUCACUUCUAUUUCUGAUCUGUGUUUCCCCGAUGGCCAUUCUGCACGUGACACUCUCACCGGAGCAUUUGUCCAGUUAUUCCUUCCAGUUGUUCCGUGCCUCGGCAAACUUACUAGAACUAAUCAACUACUCGCUCACCUUCUACAUAUACUGUUUGUUCAGUGAGGACUUCCGAAACACCUUGUUCCGAACGAUCCGUUGGCCCUGGUUUGAGAAGCCAUUAUAUAAUCGGGGAACUGAGUUCCCCCUCAAGCAUCCCCCCAACGGUGGGAUGCUGAACGGUCUCUCUCACCACCAUCUCAACGGAAAGCGACGGCUCACCAAUGGGACCUCCCCGACCAAUGGAUCGCUACUGCACCCGACGGUGAACAACAGCCCCCAGAAUCUGUCACCAAAUCACCUGCAGUCCCAGCAGCAUCUGCUGACGACUACGACUCCUACGACGGCCACUACGACGCCCCAGCAUCUGCAGGCCACCCAGAUCACGCUGACCGCGACGACCACUUCCGGUUUCUGUACCGGACCAACUUCCGUCAACGGGCGCUCGAGCAGUAUUUGAUAUUACGCCGGUGGGGGCGCCAACAGUAGCUGCUGCUCGAUGAGCCGCAGCGGCAGCGCCUCCAGCGGACUCGGCAUCGUCCAGCGUGAGGACGACCGCGAUGGCACACGGCACGAAGAGCCCCCGCCGCCGGUGGAUGUUUGAAGAAAAUCUCAACAGAAAGAUCGCACUAUUAGCAUCUUUCGAUUAUGAUGUAAAUAUUAACAAAAAAAAAAAAUGUGAAAAAAGAUACGAAUGUAAAUCGAUAAUAAGACAAGGCGAAAUCAAACCGAAGAAACCAAAGGGAACGAGGUGGGACUAACAGAAAACAAAGACAGAGAGAGAAAAGAAAAUUUUACCUUCUACAUAUACAUAUAUUUAUAUACAUAAAACCAACCAAGCUAAGCGUAUUUAAAAAAAUAUAUAUUGAUGGUGCCAUUUCUCAAUUGAUUGCUAAAACCCGAAUAAUUGGAGAAGCAAAACAAAGCAGAGCAAAAAAAAGUGAAUAAUAUUUCAGCUUUCAAAAUCAAAUAAAGUAAACAAUUAGAAUCGAAUUCAUACAGUCCUGUUAGAUAGUAGAAAACUGAGGGCAGCUAUACGGUUUGAUUGCAUACGAAUAUCACAACAUAAUGAUGCAUUCAAACUCUAUAGCCACCCAAUUAGACAUUAAAUUUAGAAUGGUUGUUCCUGAUGCAGAGCAGAAAGCGGGAGGAUUGCUGGGUAGCAAAAUCAGCGGAACUGGAAUUGUAAAUAAGCCGAAUUUGAACUCACUGAUCGAAUGUAGCUAAAGAUGUACUCGCUAAAAACUAGUAGAAUAUACAAGAAUGAAAACUCGCAACUUCAUCAUGGAUAUUAUUGAGUUUGUUUGU